AUGUCGUCGUCUGCACAGAGCCAGCAAGGCAAUUUAGAUCGGUACGUGGUCAUCCAUGUGGCUACGACCUGUGAUGAGCACGGAGUCUAUGUCACCAAAGAUUCUGCAGAGGUGAUUGAGCUGGGUUGGAUCUUGCUGGAUGCAAAGACCUGCGACGAGCUGCACCGGGAGAGCGUACUCGUGAAGCCGAUCAAUACCCCUAUUACACCGCUGUGCACCAGCUUGACUACGCUCACCUGGGAGCAUGUUCGUAAUGCAGGUACCUUCCGGGACGCAAUCAACCGCUUCGAUGCAUUCGCCGCCGAACACCUCGUCUCUCAAAGCCUCGACUUCUCCUUCGUCACCCUCGAUUCGUGGGACCUUCGAGUUCAACUUCCCCGUGAAGCUCGCGAUAAAGCUGUUGUCCUCCCACCUUACCUACAGCACUCCCGAACCUUCGAUCUACGUACAGAAUACCAAAGAUGGCAGCAACACCAUCCCGAAUCUCUCCCCUUUGGCCCAUCGAUGCUGUCCAAUAUCUGUGCUGCGUUAGAAGUUGAGCCCGUACAAGCCAGCGCGCCCAUUAAGCACAACCUUCCGUUCCAUCUACAAGCUUUGGCUCCUGCGUCACCACGUAGAGCUAUGGAAGAAGCAGUGACUCUGGCUCGAGUACUCCGUGGACUGAUCCGCAAAUCUCAACCUCCUCACGAGCACCCUGAUGUCCUGACGAGACCCAUGGAUGCCCGGGCUGACGUGCGAGCAUUUUUGUCUGAACGUAGCAAAGUCCUUCAUAUGGCCGGUCUUCCUCACGAUACUACACAGUCCGAACUUGAGAGCUGGUUCACACAAUUUGGAGGUCGUCCCAUUGCUUUCUGGACUCUACGCACUCCUGAUCAGCACAAGCCUACAGGUUCCGGCUUUGCCGUAUUUUCGUCCCAUGAAGAGGUCAGCCCAUCAUCCCUUACUCAUCUCUACUUGUACUGCUGGGCUUGCAAAUGCCAUCAGAUAAUUGUGUCCGCACCCUACGAGUACAUUCUCCUACUUUAUGACAGACUUCUUCAAUUGCCCCAUCAUCCACUUGUUAAAUUCUUUUUAUCUCGAGGGCAUAGUCUAACACCUUACCAGGCCGCUGAGAGUCUUUGUAUGAAUGGCAGAGCCCUCAACGAGAAAGCCAUUGAAGUUUCCCCAUCUUCCAGUCGUGUUCUUGACAGAGCUGCAGAAAUUCUCACCCCAUUCCCACCCAGCAAGAACCGACCUCGCCCCGGAGACUGGACUUGCCCAUCAUGUGGUUUCUCGAAUUUCCAGCGACGUACUGCCUGUUUCCGUUGCUCGUUCCCGGCUAUGAGUGCUGGUCCAAGUGGUGAUGCGAUGGGCGCCUAUGGUGGCGGUUACGGUUAUGGUCCCCCAGCCAUGAUGCCUCCACCUCAACAUAUGGGUGGACACCACGGUGGAAUGGGAGGUCAUGGAGGAGGACGAAUGGGUGGCAGUGGUGGUGUUGUACCUUUCCGAGCUGGUGACUGGAAGUGCGGAUCUGAAGGCUGUGGAUAUCACAACUUUGCGAAGAACGUCAGCUGUCUCCGAUGUGGCGCUAGUCGUGCAGGUGCGGCGGUUGUGGCUGAUUCUGGUUACCCUUCUCCCAUGGAGACUCCUUCGAGCUACGGCAUGGGACCUGGAUCGAUGGCAGGAACACCUGGACCUGGCCCUUUUGCCUCUGCUGCUGGCUUUGGUUCUUCUGGCGGCUAUGGUGGUCAACAUUUCGGUGGUCCUCAGAGCACUUUCGCACUGCCAUCUGGUUUGGGAGGUUCAACUGGUCCGUACCCUGGAUCUCUGAACACUCACUUUAGCCCAGGUGCUGGUUCUCACUCCGCUGGUCCUUUUGACAGCCGGGCUGCUGAAGCUGCCUUUUCGUCUGCUACGAACGGACCUGCCUCAGCCGGACCUUCGAACAACUACAACUAUCCUGGUGAUAGCAGCGAUCCCUUUGCGUUCCUCUCUACCAACCUGGGUAACUUGUCGAUGAGCAGCGGCGACGCACGCCAGAACGGAGGAUCGGCUCAGCUUAGCGCACCGAGCAAGUCUCCUGCGUAG